AUGUCAUCAGCCACCCAAGUACCUGACCUUCCAGUGGUCGCAGCUCUUGCAAGCGACGAUUCCAUGUUGACCCGUCGCUUUGGAAAGGAGGUCGUCAACUACUAUGCCGGAAGUUCCAUUAACCGAUUCUCCUUCCUCCGUGCCGACACUGGCUUUCUUCGCAAGGCUGCUGCCAGUCCCACAGCCCGAUACAUGGCUCUCAGUGAACUAAACCCUUUGGUUGUCGAUAAGAAGACGCCAGCAUAUUUCACUUUCAAUGAGAUCCAACCGCUGGUCGGAUCAGAACCCUUUGCGCAUACCGAGGACGAAGCUAUCAAGAACUUCGACUCCACCAAGACCUCGCCUCUUAUUGUCUUCCUUGGCAUGCUGGAGGAGGGAAACGAGGACCGUAUCUCUUCUACUGAUCACGGUGAUAUUCAGGGUCACCCCUAUUUUGCUGUUGACAUUACCCCCAAGGGCAACCAUGCCGAGAAAGCCGCCGGCUUCUUGGCUGAACAGGAGAAGAAGGGGAUUACUUUGGAUAAGAACCCCCGUGCCAUGAACUACUCUCCCGAAGCUGCCGCUUUGUACGCUCAAGCCAGAUCCAUGGUUGACUGGAACUCACGCAGCCCAUUCUGUGCUGGCUGCGGACAGCCUAACCUUUCUGUCCAUGCAGGCUAUAAGCGCGUCUGCCCUACGUCCGACAAGAAGGGUGGCGAGAACAGCGAGCCUCGCGGAGAUUGUGCCACCCGCCAUGGCGUUUCUAAUAUUUGCUUCCCUAGAACGGACCCCACUAUGAUCGCUGCUGUUGUUUCCGCAGAUGGCACAAAGAUUCUCCUUGGUCGCCAAAAGCGCUGGCCCGCAUACUGGUACAGCACCCUCGCUGGUUUCCUUGAGCCUGGCGAGUCGAUUGAAGAGUCGGUCAGGCGCGAGGUUUGGGAGGAGAGCGGUGUUCGUGUCGGCAGAGUCGUUAUUCACUCGAGCCAGCCCUGGCCUUACCCUGCUAGCCUCAUGAUUGGCGCUAUUGCUCAGGCGCUUCCUGGCGAUGGCGAGAAUAUCACCUUGAACGACAAGGAGCUGGAGGCGGCGAAGUGGUUUACAAUGGACGAGGCUCGUAGGGCACUCAAGAACGGAACAAGCCCCUUGGGAGAGGCUGCCCCCGAAGGAUAUAAAGAGGGCGAUCUACGACUGCCUCCUUCUCAGGCCAUUGCAAACCGUUUGAUCACAGCGGUUGUUGAAGGGUACUUGACUGUAGCCCCUAAGAUCUAG